AUGUUCACAGGAUACUAUGGUCGUCGUCGGCUAAAAAGUAUAUUAGCACUAUGUCUCGGUUUUCUAGUCUUGAUAGCACUUCUCUAUGAACCACAAAAGCAAGGACGUCAACUAUAUACAGACUUGCCACCACCUACUCAAGUACAGAAAACUCCAGCACCACCCUUGGCACCAAUACAAAAACGACCAGGUGUUAUGUCCUUUGUUGAAUUUACUAACUCGCCUUAUUUAGUUUUUCAAUCACUACCCACUAAUUUUAUACCCAUUAUGAUUUUAUCUAAAGCAACUAAUAUUGAAGUACGUGAUGCUAUACGACGCACAUGGGGUUUUUAUAGAUCAUAUCGGAAUGAUACUCUACGAAUGAAAGUAUUCUUUAUUGUUGGCAUUGAUGAUUUUAUGACACAACGCAUACGUACAGAACAAAAUGUUUUUGAUGAUGUCAUUCAAAUUGCUGUGCCAGAUAUGUAUUCAUUUUCAGCAUACAAAGAACUUUCUGCUAUGGUAUGGGUACGCAGUUAUCUGCCGAAUGUACCAUUUUAUAUUAAAACUGAAGAUGAUGUUAUUAUUAAUACGAAAAUAUUAGCUGAACGACUCUUACCAUUAAUCGAAUCUGUUGCUAAUCAAAAACUAAUUAUCGGUUGGUUUGGUUCAGACAAUGCUAUACAACGAGGGUCCUAUCAAAAAUAUAUUGAUGCUGUGAUGACACAAACAACUGGUGAUGUACGCUAUGCAAUGAGUUUAUUGUAUGCUGUGACAGCUCCUGCUGCUGAUCGUAUGAUUAAGACAGUAAGUCAAAUUGAACACAUUGAUUAUCCAGGUGAUCCAUUUGUGACCGGUAUUCUUCGAGAUGCAGCACAAGUUCAAACGACUAAUUUAGCAACAUCGUCAGAAAAUUUUAAAUAUGAAUUAGCAAAUGGUAAAUGUAGAGGUGCAUUCGAAAAAAAUCGAAAUUUAUUACUGUGUACAUCAUCAUUACAUGUUGGUCCAAUUGUUUCCAUGACUGAAUAUUUUGAAGCUUGGAAUGUGGUAAUCGGACAACCGCAACCAUAG